AUGCCACAGAGCGACCUUCGAUCGAAUAUGAGAGCAAAGUUUAAGAAACUAUACAGAAUUAUAUCGAGAUAUGGUGUUUCUGAUACACAUAUUGGUCACAUAAUUGAUGUGAUAUAUUCCAAUAAAUUAGUGGAGUCAGAUUCUAUAAAGCUGGUUAAGCUAUUGUUGCCAAGAGAACCUGUUCGUGAGAAAUAUGCUAUCCAGAUCUUUGGAAAUCUUUCGUGUCGUAAGCAUACUCCAAAUUUGAUGGCGAGGCUCUUAAAAUGGGUUAUUACAAUAUAUGAUUUGCUGGAAACCAGGGAGCAUAUUGAUCAAAUGUAUCCAGUCUUAUUUCAUUACUUGACAGUAGAAACAUUAAGACCACAAUUGUGCCAUAUAUUAUACUACAUGACAAAACGUGUACAUGUAAAACCAUAUCGAAUCCGUACAAUUAUCAAAUUGAUUGGAAAUAUUGCACUUGAGCCGCAUCUGUAUGCGUUACUCUUUGUGUUCAAGACAUAUUAUCCUGACAUUGUUAUGCCUUCUAAUCAUUAUCAUAAAAAGUUUAUAUUUGCACAUCCUGAUCCCGACUCAAGAGAACUUAUUCAAGAGAUUUGGACAAGGUGGAAUACAAUUGAACCAGGAGAAACUAUAGGUCUUCACAAGCCAACCUUGGAAAAUAGUCUGGUCAAGCGCAGAAGAAGAGUUGGAGAUAAUGGUAUAAUCCCUGACAUUGUUACAACAAGAGCAAAGAGGGACUCUACUACUAUUCAAGAGAUUUACGAUGUGGCAGAAUUUGCAGAGAACGUUGAUAGACUUGAAUUGCCUGAUCAAUUGGCAUCUGUAUUGGAUAAUAGGAUUCUCCAGCAUGUCGUUAUUUGUAGUCCAAAAGCUACCACAAUCGCGCGUAUUAGUCUAUGGCUGAGUCAGAAUCUGCAUGAUCUGGUGAAAUGGAACAACCAUACAGAGGCUACUAAAGAACGAUUCAGGCAACUUUUACAGAAAUCGCUUACAAUGGCUCGAUUUGCAAAGUCCCUCUUACCAGUUAUGGAGAGCUUUUUGAGAGAUUACUUGAAGCAAUGGAAUGGAGUGGAAUUUGAGAAGGAAAUAUUCGAAUUGAUUAGCUAUGUAAAGCCUGUCUCAUUUGAAGAGUUGUACUCUUUCUUUUUAAAGCCACUCUAUCGGCUGUUCUGCCUGUCGGAUGUUACUUGGAAGACAGGACUUGUUCUUUGCUAUACAAAUUGGUUAAAAAAUUGGUCGCUUUUAGAUUGGCACGGUCAUGUUAAUCGAAGACAGGAGAAUAGCAUUUCUGAAACAGAUGUGGACAAACUAAUCUGGUUGCUCGAUGGCCUAUCUUUGGACGUUGAUUAUUUUGCAAUGCUACACGAGUUUGUUUCUCAUGUGGACCAGAUUAGUGUAUUGGGUUUGGCAUUAGAAGAAGACCAUCCUCUUCUUCAGCAUGGUGCCUUAUCAUUCUAUGAGCAAGUUUCUACGCUUUCUACCCAACAUAAUGUACCUGAGAUAAUACUUCCUGAAGAGCCUUUUAUUACCCGCCUUUUUUUCUCUACAUCUGCUAUGUCUGUUUCCAGAAUUUGUGGAAUUAUUUACCAAUACAAGCUUGCGUUCGAAUCGACAGAAGAUUCAAUAGGGGAUUGGACACCAAGACAUACCCCCGAAUAUCUCGAACACUUUAAUAUGUACGUAAUGGACAUCUGCAAUGCUUUGUGGCGCAACCUUGCCUUUAGUCAAGCGGACGACAGUACCCGAAGUUUUUCUCUGCCAACAGAGACCAUAGAAGCAUGCAGGGCGUUGUGUGCAGCACGAGGAGACAGGAUAGACCUUGCUAUUUCCGUCACGCACUCGGUUAGUCUUGCCAGCUUCUCAAAACGGUUCAUGGAGACGAAAAAAAAGACAUCUCUGACAGAGUGUGUCUGUCAGAUGCAAGAACAAGAGCAAGAUUUUCCCGUUCACCACCAGGGCCCUAUUACUGCCGAUAGUUUAAGUGCCCUUGAAGAGAUCGGGGGGCUUCCUGUUAGCUUUGGAGAGUAUCGAAUCCAGUACCUUGAUUAUCUGGCAGGCCAAGGUCUUAGAGGCGUGCAUGAUCUGCUCUAUGCCUCAAUGGUUUCGCUCAUUAAUCAUAGACAAGCGUUGGAACAGGGCGGAGCACAAUACUAA